AUGUCGCCCGUUGGCUAUACGGCCUGCUUUAUCCGAUGGGUGACGGCCCUUAUAAUUCUUGCGGUGAAAGAUCACAGCCAUGAAGUGGCCGUGACGUUUAAUGCUUCGGAAAUGCACUUACAAGUAGUGGAUGACGGCGACGGUAUUCUUUUGAAUGCCUUACUCAAGGCUCAGUAUGCACCUCGCUUGUUUACAAUCGUGCCGACUCUGAGGUCAUAUUGA